AUGUCGACUGUGGCCAAAAGUUAUAACAAGAACGCUGAUUCCGUCGUGGCUUACUGUUCAGAGCGCACCGUCAUUCAAUCUCCUCUCCAAGAUGAACUUCAAAAGGAAACUCUUGCAAAUGCUCCAAUGUCAAUGAUGCUCGGAGCUCCAGAAGUCCUUAGUUUCGGACAAAACUUCAUUAGAUCUUUCGGAGGAAAACGUGUUCUCGAUGUUGGAACAUUCACUGGAGCAUCUGCGUUGGCAUGGGCUCUUGCUGUUCCAGAUGAUGGAGAAGUCUACACUUUUGAUAUUGAUCAUACCAAUUACAAGAAGUACGGAGUCCCAAUCAUCUCGAAAUGCGAGAAGACAUUCAAGAAGAUUCAUGCUGUUGAGGGAUCCGCUUUGGAGGCUAUGGACAAACUCAUUGCCGAUGGUCAAUCUGGAACUUUCGACUUCGCCUUCAUUGAUGCUGACAAAGUCAACUACAGUAACUACUAUGAUAGAUCCAUCACUCUUCUUCGCAAAGGAGGAGUCAUCUUCGUGGAUAACUGUCUCUGGGGUGGAUCAGUAUGCAAUCCAGACACAAGAAAUGACGAAAGCACCCGUGCUAUUCACGAGGCUAACGACAAGAUCUAUAGCGACGACCGUACCUACUCAGCUCUUUUGAAUCUCGGAGACGGAACUCAUGUUGCUUUCAAGAAGUAA